CACAACUCCAAAUGUGAAAAAACCAUUAGCCAAACAUAAGUCGGGUACUAAAGCCAUGACUACCAGAAGGAUCACAUUGUUCUGGAUCACCGCCCUUUUUGUACUACUUGUUUCCAUCAUAGCCUCCUUUCAUUCUACCCAAGAUGACUACUCAUCCUCCCUUAACGCAAACACAUCACCAAACAUUCAAAAUGGAUUCAAUCCAAGUAACUUUCUUCACAGGUUUGUAAGACUAAUCGGGCUUGACGAUUACUUGAUCACAUUCUGGGAAGAAGUAUUAGGAAGAAGGUCCAGGCAUCAUCGACACAGGAGGAAGCAGCCAGGGAAGACCUCUUGUGAUGAGUCAAUGUGGAAGUCUAAGCUCGUAGACAUGUAUUCUGUUUCAUUAGUCUUGACUGUAGAUUUAAAGGGCUGUGCCAAUUUCAGCAGCGUACAAAAGGCGGUGGAUUCUGUUCCUGAACUGAGCUCAGCAAGGACUCUUGUUAUCGUCGGUUCAGGAACGUACAGGGAGAAAGUGACAGUUAGUGCAAACAAGACGAACUUAAUUAUACAAGGCCAGGGCCGUUUGAACACGUAUAUAGCAUGGAACGACACUUCUGAUUCCUCUCACGGAUCAACUGCAAACAGCUCGACUUUUACUAUUUCUGCUGCAAACUUUGUAGCUUACAACAUUAGCUUCCAGAAUACAGCUCCCGCUCCAUCACCAGGUGCCACCGGGGCUCAGGCUGUAGCACUAAGGAUUUCGGGCGAUAAAGCUGCAUUUUUUGGAUGUGGAUUUUAUGGUGCGCAAGACACGCUGAAUGAUGAUCGUGGGAGGCAUUACUUCAAAGAAUGCUUCAUCCAAGGAUCCAUUGAUUUCAUCUUCGGAUUAGGAAGAUCACUUUAUGAGGAUUGUUCUCUAGUUUCCAUAGCAAAAGAUGAACCAAAUGUGGUUACUGGAUCUAUCACAGCACAAGGCAGAAAUUCAACCGAUGACAAUUCGGGUUUUUCCUUUGUGAACUGUAAAGUUAAUGGCAGUGGUAAAGUGUGGCUGGGUAGGGCUUGGGGAGCCUAUGCGACCGUUGUUUUCUCCCAGACUAGCAUGACAGAAGUUGUUUCGCCUGGUGGUUGGGAUGAUUGGAGAGAUCCCUCUAAAGACCAGUACGUCUCUCUAGCUGGUUCAUCCUUUUAUUGUCAUUUUAAUAAAUUGUUUAAGCCCCCCUAUGUUCUCAGCUAUUUGGAAAUUGAAAGUUAAAUUAUGAUCCAUGUGGUGAAUUCUUCAGGACGGUGUUUUUUGGAGAAUAUGAGUGCUGCGGACCUGGAGCUAUUAACAAAUCCAGGGUGCCAUAUGCUAGAGAGUUGACGCAGUUUGAAGCUGCUGUUUUCAUGGAUCACUCCUUCAUAGAUGCACAAGAUUGGCUUCUUAUUCCAACAGAUGGGAGAAGAGAUUAUGGUUUAGAGUCUUACUGAAAAGGAAAAACUUCAUUGAUUCAUAAGGUUUUAUUGUUGAACUUACAUGUUUAUAACUACAAUAACAAAUAAAUCAGGAGGUGAUAGAAUUUGUACACUACAGAAGUCAGGAGGUGAUAGAAUGUUUAUCCGCACCGAAGACAACUAAAUCAGGAGGUGAUAGAAUUUGUACACUACAGAAGUCCUGGAUUUAGCUCAUCUAUAAACCACAGCUUUUACUCUUUAAUUUCCCAAACAUGUGCAAAAGUUAAAACUCUUUCUUCUUCAAUACUAUGUUCUCUGGGCUAAAAUUGGUGCUGCAUUUCAAUUUGGUUUGUUUGGAUCACAUAAUUAGGCAACUUAGUUAACCCACUAAUUGAAAAUUUAUCACAUUUGAAGUGACUUAUACUCCCUAUGGUCCAAAGUAACACAACAAACAAGACAAUCAUUGCGGGACGGUGGGGAGUAAUCUAUCUAAUUCUAUCAAGCAGACCUACGCAUGCAAUCGAGCAAACUAGAUGGACAGUAAAUAGUUGAACAAAAUCUGGUGCUUCUACUCAUGACGUCCGAAGACGUACUUGUCCCAUGAUGUCAUUGAUGAGAAGCGAAAUGCUAAAGCUAGUGGAUCCUCCAUCCUCCAUUGCAUUCUUGGCUGUCAAUGCAAGCUCUCUGGCUCUGACCCCUCUUUCCAUGCCAUCUUCUGGAUCCUUCAUUAGCCUUUCAAUGGCGAUUUCAACUUGCUCUUUGGAAACCAAAACUCCAACUCUCUCCUCAUCUCCCCAUCUCACGGGAAGCUCCACGCCGACACGAACCCCAAUCCUUAAAACAUCCACAAUCAAAACCUCAUUGAAGAAUUGCUCUGCAAACAUAGGCCAAGUUAUCAUGGGAACCCCAGAGCAGAUACCUUCAAUUGUAGAGUUCCAGCCACAAUGUGUUAAGAAUCCCUUGAUUGCAGGAUGGGACAGAAUCAGAACCUGAGGUGCCCAACCUUUGAUGAUUAGUCCCCUCCCUUUGAUCCUCUCCUCGUACUUUUCAUCCAAUAACCACUGGUCUAAUUCAUCUGAGAAUUUGUCCCCUGUCUUAAUCACCCAAAUAAAUGGCUGGUUGGACGCUUCCAGUCCUAACCCGAGUUGGAUUAACUGGGAUGGAAUCAAACGGCACUGGCUGCCUAGGCAGGCGUAAAGAACCGAUUCGGGUUUCUUCGAAUUAAGCCAUUCUAGGCACAGAUUUUUGUCAAUUGAUGAUGGGUUCCCUCUCUCAAAUUUGUCCAAAUUCUGUUUGUUGCAUUGCGAAACAGGGCCAAUGCACCAAACCUUCUUGUUUAUGGCCUUCCUGUAUUCCUCCACACAACCAUGUUCCAAUUCAGCAAAUGUAUUCACAACAACUCCGUAAGCAUUAGAUUCAGCCUGAGUCAUCUGGUCCCUGAUAUCAUUGAAACAGGGCAAUGUAACAAAUGAUCCGGGCAACUUAGCCCUUGUGAUUUCGACCCGCAUCGGCAUUCCAGGGAUGAUGAAAGGCUCUUGGUCGGAAUCAACAGCAAGAUGAGGCCUGUGGAGACUUACAUUGUGGGAACUUAGCAGCGAAAAUGAGCACAUUCCAUGGAAAACGAUUCUUGGGACCUGGAAUUUCUUAGCUGUUUCUGAGGUCCAGGACAAACACUUAUCCGAGAUUAUGCAGCUUGGAGGGUACUCAUUUUCUCGCAGAUAUUUCUCCAACGGGCCCUGAAGCUUGUCAAGUGCUCUGUAAAAUGGUCUGAGUAGAUCCUUUGAAGGGACGCUGUCCAAAUUCUCGCAUCCAGGCGGCAGCCCAACUUCUUUGCUGGGAAAUGGGAUUUCCAGGACACGAAUCGGAAGCCCUGAAUCUCGAGCCCGACGAAUGGCUCGGGCUGAUCUCAACGCAUUGUUUGGAGUGAUCACCAGAGUUACUCUCACCCCACGUUUUGCAAACAAUUUCGUCAUAUCUAUCAUUGGAAUCAUAUGGCCUUGAGCCAACAAAGGAACUAAAACAAAGUGAAGGUUCUGCAUAUUGGAUUCAAUUUCCAUUGCAGGAGCCAUCAACCUAGCAUGAAACUGAAAUUCAAUACUAUUGGAAAUGGGCGUAAAAUAGGAGUAAAUGGGAAAAAAAAAAACUCUGUUUGUUAUGAUAAUCCAGAAAAGAAUCUGAGUGCUGUGAUUGUUGGAAAAGUAGGAGAUAAUGUAUACUUACUUCAUGCUAGGAGUCUAGGAUAAAGUUAAUAAAUUUGCACGAGUCUAAUACGGUAAGCUUGACUUGGCCAUACCCCAACCCUGAGAGCUAUAUAUAUAGAAGCUAAGCUAUGUGUGAUGACAAAAUGAAAGGUUGCAAAUGAAAACACACACACACCAAUUUGGGGAUUUCUGCUGCAAUUCAACCUGGACAUUUU